UGUCUGAUAUGGAGUCCCAAGUCCUUGCUGUCUUUGUACAGCCAACCGCAAGCAGAUAUUUUUAUUCUCCUUGGAGUCCUUUAUAAUGCAACAAGAAUGGUAACAAAUACUGAAGACCUCCAAGAGGCUUUCUGACCUUCCUCUCCCCAUGUAAAUUAUGCUGAGAACCUUUCCAGUGGUUCUGCUGGAAACCAUGUUUCACUACACUGAUGAACCCAGAUUCACCAUAGAGCAAAUAGACCUACUUCAACGCCUGCGGCGCACUGGUAUGACACGGCACGAAAUCCUCCAUGCUUUGGAAACCUUUGACCGUCUUGACCAGGAACACAGCGACAAGUUUGGGCGGCGGUCUGCCUACGGGAGUGGAUCCUGUAGUAACAGCACCAACAAUGUUCCAGCGUCUUCCUCCACAGCCACAGCUUCCACGCAGACCCAGCAUUCUGGGAUGUCUCCCUCUCCUAGCAACAGUUAUGAUACUUCCCCACAACCUUGCACUACCAAUCAAAAUGGGAGGGAGAGUAAUGAGAGGUUGUCUGCCUUCAAUGGGAAGAUGUCGCCUACACGUUACCCUCUGGCAAAUAGCAUGGCUCAAAGGUCAUAUAGCUUUGAAGCCUCUGAGGAGGACUUGGAUGUAGAUGACAAAGUAGAAGAGUUGAUGAGGAGGGACAGCAGCGUGAUAAAAGAGGAAAUCAAAGCCUUCCUGGCCAACCGGAGGAUUUCGCAAGCAGUUGUUGCACAGGUUACAGGUAUCAGUCAGAGUCGGAUCUCCCACUGGCUGUUACAACAGGGAUCAGACCUGAGUGAGCAAAAGAAAAGGGCCUUUUACCGAUGGUACCAGCUUGAGAAAUCAAAUCCAGGGGCUACAUUAAGCAUGAGACCAGCCCCUAUUCCAGUUGAAGAGCCAGAAUGGAGACAGACGCCUCCACCAGUCACAGCUACCUCUGGGACUUUCCGCUUGCGACGCGGCAGUCGGUUUACCUGGAGAAAGGAAUGUUUGGCUGUCAUGGAAAGCUACUUCAAUGAGAAUCAAUAUCCCGAUGAGGCCAAGAGGGAAGAAAUUGCAAAUGCCUGUAAUGCAGUGAUUCAGAAACCAGGAAAGAAGCUGUCUGACCUGGAGCGAGUUACUUCCCUCAAAGUGUACAACUGGUUUGCCAAUAGAAGGAAGGAAAUCAAGAGGCGAGCCAAUAUUGAAGCAGCAAUCCUGGAGAGUCAUGGGAUAGAUGUACAAAGUCCCGGAGGCCACUCCAACAGUGACGACGUAGACGGGAAUGACUAUUCAGAACAGGAGACUUGGCAAGUACGCAAUGGGGAGGAGGAGGGAAGAUGUACAGAGGGAGGCAGAGAAGCAGAGAAGUUAGAAGAAGACAGGAGGAUCUGCUCAAAACAAGAUGACAGCACUAGCCAUAGCGACCACCAAGACCCUAUCUCACUAGCCGUGGAGAUGGCAGCGGUAAAUCACACCAUUCUGGCGUUGGCCCGGCAAGGAACCAGCGAGAUCAAAACAGAGGCCCUGGAUGAUGACUGAUGACGCGAUGGAGGGGGAGGGCUCCCAGAUGAGAAAGUAACUUAGUUUUAGACGUAGCACCUUAGCAGCCUUUUUCCUGGUCCCUAAUAUGUGUCCUUCUUUACAAUAUAACUUUGCAGUCUCUUGUACGUCAAGUUUGCCGUUUAGGGUCUUGUCCUGUGAAGAUGGCAUGGUGCCCUCUGACUCUGCGUAUAAACUCUCAGUAUUAACUCCCAGUCAGAUAAUUAAUCAAGCCGACUGACCUCCCUCUCCCAGUGCUCCCCCCUCAGCUAGAUGAAAACCUUUGCUGCUCUGUCUUUAGCAUUCCAUGAAUGUGCUUCCAGGUGUCGUAGGCAGCCCUCAAUUCCAAACCUUAGGCGAAAUCUAUAGAAAAACAACAAUACAAUCUUGGAUUAUCCUUCAGACUUCCUGGUGUUAACAUUUUUUAUUUUUCUCUUGUUAUUGUUAUAAAACCAAAAGGAGACAAUGGAGAUUGAGUGGCUUGAAGGAUAACGGCCACUGGGUUGAGAGUUUGGGCAGAGAAUGGGGUGAUGAUAAAGCUUAGAUCUGUGGUCAACGUCUCGUUACCAGGUGCCAAUAAGCUGGGCCUCUCUUGGCUGUGCAGCAAUACAGUCUUUAUUGCUUUUCCAUGGGAUUAGUGCUGUUUUCCAAAGGUCCUGGCUGGUUGGGAAUGAGGGGGGAAAGUCCACCAGCUUGUUUUGAUUGAUGCUUGCUGCUGAUGCGGUCAACAUAGCCUUCCUCUUUUCUUUACAAGUUGUGUUAUGGGAGGAAUAAAGCGUUUUUUCUCAAUUCCUAAGUUUCCCCAGUUAGGCCAAAGUUUCCAUCUAUAGAAGAAGCUGCUCACUGUGUCUCUGAAUGAGUCCCACCUAUGUCCAUGCUUCCUUCCAAUAGGUUGUCACUAAGGGUGAUGAUGGCCAAGGAAUGAUUUAGGUGUGAUUGGAUCAUUCACAGUUCUUUUAUCAGUUCAGUCAUAAAUGAGCCCCACUGAGUUCAACAGGAUUUAAACCCAGAUAAGUUAAGAUUAUACUCUUAGUCACCCCACAUGGAGAAUAUCUAUCUUGGAAAAGACAUGAUUUGUGUAGAAAGAUAGGGUGGGCUUUGGUGAAAGUGGGUAGUUAUUUUCAUACUCAUACAUACACACAUACACACACAAAUACUGUGAUGAAACGUGAAGUAUCUCUCCAGUUCAGCCUGUAAUCAGAAGUUGCAGAAAACUCUCCUUGAAAAUCUUGUAACUGCUUACUUCCUUGCAACACCCUGUCUCCAAAGUAUGGUGCACUCUAGAAAAGGAUUAAGAAGUAACUCCCAGUAUCGCUCCCUACUAGAGUUACAGGAAAUGUGCAUACACAGAAAUUUCCAUUAUUUGCAUAUUAGAGGGUGCAGUGAUCCCUAUCUAUUGUCUCUGGUGUUGGCUCCCCAAGAUAUCACACCAUGAUUUCUCACACUUCACUAACCUAGGCACACAUUCUUUGUGUCUCUGUCUUUGUUCUGUUCUUCUUCAGAAGCUGGAAAGCUGUACCUGACUGAGCAGGUUAGCUAAUUCUUGGAAGCCAUAUUGCAGCAGGAACUAGAUGUUGCCAUGAGCCAAGGAUUCAGUGGCUCAUGUGCUCCUGGGAAACAGGAUUAUUUUUUUACUUUCCUAUUGUUAGGGCAAUCUGAGAUUGGAUUCUGAUAUUGGCUGUCCAGGAAAUUAGAAUUAGUGAUUAAAUACCGAUGGAAUGUGAGAUGAAUCUACUUCUAAAUAGCAAAAAAAAUAAAUAAAAAUCAAAUUCGAGUUUUUUUGUUUAUCUUGAUCAUAUGUAGCACUUUGGUAUUUUUUUCUUAAAUAAAUAUAUAUAUAUAUUUGUAUUUUGAGCAUUUUUUAAAAAAUAAAUAUCAUUGGAUAAAUCAACAAUAAAAUGCUGUAAGCUCAUGUUACAGAAUCAUCCCAUGAUAUACCUUGAACAUAGUCCAUCAGGAACAUCUCUGAUGAAAUGGCCCUGGGCGGAA